CGGCUGCAGCAGCAGAGGCGGCGGCUGCAGCAUCCUCCUCCCGGCGCGGCCCGGCCCGGCCCGGCCCGGCCCCGCGGCGCAGCACGGCACCUUCGCAGACGGGACCAUGACCACUCACGUCACGCUGGAGGAUGCCUUGUCCAACGUGGACCUGCUGGAGGAGUUGCCCCUGCCUGACCAGCAGCCAUGCAUCGAACCACCCCCAUCUUCCAUCAUGUACCAGGCUAAUUUUGACACCAACUUUGAAGACCGAAACGCCUUUGUGACCGGCAUCGCCAGGUACAUCGAGCAGGCGACGGUGCACUCUAGCAUGAAUGAAAUGCUGGAGGAAGGACACGAAUACGCGGUGAUGCUUUACACGUGGAGGAGCUGCUCCAGGGCCAUACCCCAGGUGAAAUGCAACGAGCAGCCCAACCGGGUGGAGAUCUAUGAGAAGACGGUGGAAGUGCUGGAGCCAGAGGUCACCAAACUGAUGAAGUUCAUGUAUUUCCAGCGCAAAGCCAUCGAGCGGUUCUGCAGCGAGGUGAAGCGCCUGUGCCACGCAGAGAGGAGGAAGGACUUUGUGUCCGAGGCCUAUCUGCUCACGCUGGGGAAGUUCAUCAACAUGUUCGCCGUGCUGGACGAGCUGAAGAACAUGAAGUGCAGCGUCAAGAAUGACCACUCUGCCUACAAAAGGGCGGCCCAGUUUCUGCGGAAGAUGGCCGAUCCCCAGUCCAUCCAGGAGUCCCAAAACCUCUCCAUGUUCCUGGCGAACCACAACCGCAUCACGCAGUGCUUGCAUCAGCAGCUGGAAGUGAUCCCGGGCUACGAGGAGCUGCUGGCGGAUAUUGUCAACAUCUGCGUGGAUUACUACGAGAACAAGAUGUACCUGACCCCCAGCGAGAAGCACAUGCUCCUGAAGGUGAUGGGGUUUGGUCUGUAUCUGAUGGAUGGCAACGUCAGUAAUAUUUACAAACUGGAUGCCAAGAAGAGAAUCAACCUCAGCAAGAUCGACAAGUUCUUCAAGCAGCUGCAGGUGGUCCCUUUAUUCGGCGAUAUGCAGAUAGAACUGGCCAGAUACAUUAAGACCAGUGCUCACUAUGAGGAGAACAAAUCCAAGUGGACCUGUACCCAGAGCAGCAUCAGUCCCCAGUACAACAUCUGUGAGCAAAUGGUCCAGAUCCGCGACGACCACAUCCGCUUCAUCUCGGAGCUCGCUCGCUACAGCAACAGCGAGGUGGUCACUGGCUCAGGCCUGGACAGCCAGAAAUCAGAUGAGGAAUACAGGGAACUCUUUGACCUGGCCUUGCGAGGGCUGCAGCUGCUCUCCAAGUGGAGCGCCCACGUCAUGGAGGUGUAUUCCUGGAAGCUCGUUCAUCCCACGGAUAAGUUCUGUAACAAGGAUUGCCCGGGCACCGCAGAGGAGUAUGAGAGAGCCACCCGCUACAACUACACCAGCGAGGAGAAGUUUGCCUUUGUGGAGGUCAUUGCCAUGAUCAAAGGCCUGCAAGUGCUGAUGGGCCGGAUGGAGAGCGUCUUUAACCAGGCCAUCCGAAACACCAUCUACGCCGCGCUGCAGGACUUCGCCCAGGUGACGCUGCGCGAGCCGCUCCGGCAGGCCGUCAGGAAGAAGAAGAACGUCCUGAUCAGCGUCCUUCAAGCCAUUCGGAAGACAAUUUGCGACUGGGAGGGAGGCCGCGAACCCCCGAACGACCCCUGCCUGAGAGGCGAGAAGGACCCCAAGGGCGGAUUUGAUAUUAAGGUCCCGCGGCGAGCGGUAGGGCCGUCGAGCACACAGCUGUACAUGGUCCGGACCAUGCUGGAGUCACUGAUCGCGGACAAAAGCGGCUCAAAGAAGACGCUGAGGAGCAGCCUGGAUGGGCCCAUCGUGCUGGCCAUCGAGGAGUUUCACAAGCACUCCUUCUUCUUCACACACCUGCUUAACAUCAGCGAAGCCCUGCAGCAGUGCUGCGACCUGUCCCAGCUCUGGUUCCGCGAGUUCUUCCUGGAGCUGACCAUGGGCCGCCGCAUCCAGUUUCCCAUCGAGAUGUCCAUGCCGUGGAUACUCACGGACCACAUCCUGGAAACCAAAGAACCCUCCAUGAUGGAGUACGUCCUCUACCCCUUAGACCUGUACAACGACAGCGCCUAUUACGCCUUGACCAAGUUCAAGAAGCAGUUCCUGUACGAUGAGAUCGAAGCGGAAGUGAACUUGUGUUUCGACCAGUUUGUGUACAAGCUGGCGGAUCAGAUCUUUGCCUAUUACAAAGCCAUGGCCGGCAGUGUCUUAUUGGAUAAGCGCUUCCGGGCAGAGUGUAAGAAUUACGGCGUGAUUAUUCCUUACCCGCCAUCCAACCGCUACGAGACGUUGCUCAAACAGAGACACGUCCAGCUGCUAGGCAGGUCAAUCGACCUGAACAGGCUUAUUACCCAGCGCAUCUCAGCUGCCAUGUACAAGUCGUUAGACCAGGCUAUCAGCCGCUUUGAGAGUGAGGACCUGACGUCCAUCGUGGAACUGGAGUGGCUUUUGGAGAUCAAUCGCCUGACCCACCGGCUGCUGUGCAAACACAUGACUUUGGACAGCUUCGACGCCAUGUUCCGGGAGGCCAAUCACAAUGUCUCCGCGCCGUACGGACGCAUCACCCUGCACGUCUUCUGGGAGCUGAACUUUGACUUCCUGCCCAACUACUGCUACAACGGGUCCACCAACAGGUUUGUACGGACGGCGAUCCCCUUCACCCAGGAGCCGCAGCGGGACAAGCCAGCCAACGUCCAGCCCUAUUACCUCUACGGAUCAAAGCCUCUCAACAUUGCCUACAGCCACAUCUACAGCUCCUACCGCAACUUUGUGGGGCCGCCUCACUUCAAGACGAUCUGCCGGCUCCUGGGCUACCAAGGGAUCGCCGUCGUCAUGGAGGAGUUGCUGAAGAUUGUCAAGAGCCUGUUACAAGGGACCAUCCUGCAGUACGUGAAAACGUUGAUAGAAGUGAUGCCCAAGAUAUGCCGCUUGCCAAGACAUGAAUAUGGAUCUCCAGGUAUCUUGGAGUUCUUCCAUCACCAGCUGAAGGACAUCAUCGAGUACGCAGAGCUGAAGACCGAUGUCUUCCAAAGCCUUAGGGAAGUGGGCAACGCUAUUCUGUUCUGUCUUCUCAUUGAGCAGGCCCUGUCCCAGGAAGAAGUUUGUGAUUUGCUGCAUGCUGCUCCCUUCCAAAAUAUUUUGCCCAGGGUCUACAUCAAAGAAGGAGAACGCUUGGAGGUACGCAUGAAGCGUCUCGAAGCCAAGUACGCCCCACUUCACCUGGUUCCCUUAAUAGAGAGGCUGGGAACUCCUCAGCUAGAGAGAAGCCCAGGCCCCUACAACACCCCAGCUUUGCAAAGAGAUCGUAACGAGGCUGUGAAAACCCAAGUUUCCCCAAUCGCCUGCCUGUUUUCAAAGACUGCAAAAUAUCCCCAAAUAGCCAUUGCGCGGGAGGGCGACUUGCUGACCAAGGAGCGGCUGUGCUGCGGGCUCUCCAUGUUCGAGGUGAUCCUGACGCGCAUCCGGAGCUACCUGCAGGACCCGAUCUGGCGCGGGCCCCCGCCCACCAACGGGGUGAUGCACGUGGACGAGUGCGUGGAGUUUCACCGCCUCUGGAGCGCCAUGCAGUUCGUCUACUGCAUCCCCGUGGGCACCAACGAGUUCACGGCAGAGCAGUGCUUUGGAGACGGUCUGAACUGGGCGGGCUGCUCCAUCAUCGUUCUCCUCGGACAGCAGCGACGCUUCGACCUCUUUGACUUCUGCUACCACUUGCUGAAAGUGCAGAGGCAGGAUGGCAAGGACGAAAUCAUAAAGAACGUGCCCCUAAAGAAGAUGGCUGACCGCAUCAGGAAGUACCAGAUCCUGAACAACGAGAUUUUUGCCAUCCUGAACAAGUACAUGAAGUCAGUGGAAACAGACAGCUCCACCGUCGAGCACGUGCGUUGCUUCCAGCCCCCCAUCCACCAGUCCCUGGCCACCACCUGCUAAGCAGCACGUGUGAGCACGGACAUGAAACCCUUUGGGUUGGGGGGUGACAAGAAGCUGGACCAGGAUGGAAACCAGGAGGGGAGACUUAGCAGAGUGGAUUUGGCAACGCAACUAGACUGGAAGUACCCAAGACACACAAGGACGCAUCAUCCUGCCUGGCUCUGUCUGAGUGCAUGUUCUUCUGUGACAUCCCUGUGAUCGGUCUUACCUGCAGCUUAAAAGAGGGGAUGGGGGGAGGGAGGUUUAGGGCAAAAUGUGCUUUUUUUCCAUGAAGUGUCAGUGUUUUCCAGAACACAAAACUAGGAAAGUCCCGGGCGCGGGGUUGCAGUCGGAGGAGCCGUGUGUUCUCAGCACGCUGGAAGUCCUCCCCCAAAGUGGAUAGCGAGGGGCCAAACAGAGCACCCAUCACCUUGCACGAGGGGGGCCACGUGUCAGGACAAUUGGAGAGAGGCGUAAAAGGCAGCAUAGCAAGUUGUCUGGCCAAAGAAAGGUUGAUGUCAAGCUGGAUUGCAAGCUCCCUGUCCACCUGGGGCUGGAGGUAUACCCCCGCUCGUCACGAUACAGCCCAGGCCCUCCUAAAUUCAGUCUCUGGUAAGGGGAUUUUAUGACAGGUGUGUACCAAAAUAGCAAAGAUAUGAAGGUUGAAUGGUGCUUUUCGGUGUCAGCUGGAAGACAAGGUCAUGACGUGGUGCUUUCCCGCUGUGUUUCAUCCUCCUACAGCUAAUUGCAAAGAGUGAGGCAUGAGUGCUCUUAAUGAGUCAGUGCUAUGCCGUGCUGAUCUGGAUAUGCUCCUGCAUAUACCCCAGGGAGGGGAGAAAUCAGUGAUCCCAAGAGCAACCACAGCUGUCUCCAGAAUGUCCCAAAACUUCAGGUUUUUUAGCUCAGUCUCCAAAAUCCUCAUUCUGGAAAGAGCUGAAAUCUGCAGUUCACGUACGUUCUUGAGUGCCGUUUCUCUGUCCCCAGUGAGCUCGCCGUGGCACAUCUGCCAACAGACAGGUCCACGGGGGAUGGAGCAUGCCAGCAGGGUUCAUGCAGACCCUCGCGCACAGGGGCAAGAUGAUCUUUUAGCACACGGGAAAUAAGAGAAGCAGCAAAAAAAGGUAGUGCUCAGAGGCUUCGGCUUGGGAAAUACAGAUGCUGUUUCCUUCCCUCUCCCUGGUGUCCAAGAUUUUCCAAAGUAAAAAAGUUGGUAGCAACUUCAAGGAGAAUUUCACCCUCUUCCACCCUACCCCGUGUCAGCAUCACCGCAGCGAUGUGCAGGGUGAGCCAAGAGCUCGCCUCUCCUCGCGUCUUCCUGCAACGCCCCCUUGAACGCCGCUGAAGUGUCCCCAGCAUUGCGUGGAGAUUCAGAGGUAAUGGGAGACCAUGCACGUGCAGGGUUGCCGAUUCUGGAUCUGUUACAUCAUGACGUAAUGACACGAAUGACUGAGCUAUUUGCGUAGAUUGGUUUUGGAUCACGGUGCGUAGACUUUACAUCAGGGAGGAGAACGCACACGAUGAUUACAUUUAAAAAACCCACUAGAUUACUGUAUACAUCAGAUUCAACAUUUAAUAUUUUAACAAAUGCCUUAUCUUCCUUCUGGACAAAUGUCAUGAAAUAAGUAUCCUAUCAUUGAUUUCCUGGGUGAGUCUCAGCAGUCUCCUGGAGAUUUAUAUCUAAUUCCUGGAGACUCCAGGGAAAGCCUGGAGGGUUGGCAGCCCAUUGCACAUGCCUCUCUGUUAAACCACCUCAUCCUCAUGCCCCAGCCCUGAGAAAGGUUUCAUUUUUUCUUGCCAUUAGUCAGGUCAAGUAAGACCCAUGCUGGGAGGUAAUAGAGAUGUGUUAAUACAUUGCAACCUGACCCAUCCUUUCAGACAGAGCCGUUUCAGACAGCACAAUCCAGUGGUGUCACAGGCUGUUAGGAAGCUAGAGACACUCAGCAAUUAUUCUCUCUAAGGGGAGCAAAAAGUUGAUUUGCCCCAGCUUGAAUUUUCUGUCGUAGGAAACCACGGCCAGCACCACGUUAUUAGCAAGAGACAUUCAUUUUUAGGCAAGAUGUCUCUGUUCUCUCUGAGAUCUGUAUCUGUCUCUUGCGAACUGAGGAAUAUCUCCCACACUAACGUUGCCUGGCCCUUCCAGCUGUUUGAGCUGCACUGAGAAACAGUCACAUCUCUGAUGUAGUUGGUCUACAAGGUGCACCCCCUACCCUGUUUGCUGAGAAACUCGUGGUGCAUUUUGAUUGGAAACCUAAAUGAAACCUCAGGGAGAUCUUCUGAAGUCUUGCCUGUGGCACGGACAGGCCAGGGAAGGGCUUGCAUUGUGCGGGGAAUUUGUUCCUACUGUAUUUUGAGCAGGAGAACAUCACGAGCUCGGUAAUAUUUAAGGCUUGUGAUUCAUAUCUGCUCUUCCACAAAGGGUGCAAGGCCUAGCUCCUGACCCUGUUACACCAUAUUUACGCUGAUUUAACUCUGCUGAAGCCAGGAGACUUACAUAAGCAUAGAAAGAGGUUAGCAGAGCGUGGACUCUGGCAUGUUUGUGCUAUGAAGUAAUGGGGCUAUGAUCCUACUGAGAUCCUAAAUUGGGUUUUUGGUGACCUCAGGAGUUGGAGGUUUGUGAUUUUGCUGAAUGACAAGCACUGCCUCACUUUUGGCCGUUGGAUCAAUCUCUGGGCACAACACAAGGAAAUACCCAACCGUGGUUGUCACGUCACAAAGUGUUGGGGCUGUGUUGCAAAAUACCGGGUUAAGAAUGAGAUAUACCCCAUGGCCCCGUGUCAGCCACCUAGACACUACUGGACGUGCUGCACUAGUAGGUAAAUGCCAGUCCAGUUAACGACUGCACUAGUAGGUAAAUGCCAGUCCAGUUAACGACUGCACUAGUAGGUAAAUGCCAGUUCAAAAGUUUAGGCUUUUGAAGGAGUCAUGAUACCUUCACAUAUGCAUAAAUGUUGCCUUGAAGUGUCAUGUUCUUUGAUGUAAUUUGGGGGCAUGAAGUCCUGUGAGGUCUAUCAACACAGCUGGAUGAACUAAAAUGCAAUGCCUAAAACAGAGAUUUGCUAACAUGGGGUGGUGAGCGUGACGGUAGGAAGCACCCUCCAGGCUUGUACAGGGGUCGACAUUUUUGAGCAGGAAACCCAAAUUGUGUGCGCCAAGUGAAGAGUGGGGUUGUUGGGAUGGUUGCGUGUGUUUGCUGCGGGGGAUAUGCAGGUGUGUUGGUCAAAUGGUUCAGGGAGUUGGUGUCCGAGAUCAGUGAUGCCACCUUGUUCACACAACUUGACUUUCACCCCAAGGACAGUAGUCGAGCUCAAGUCCUCCUUGACUGACCAUGAGGGAGGGCACAGACCACUCAGUGAAGUGGUCAGCCUCUUCCUUUUGGGCUUAUUUAUUUGAAUCUAAUCAUUUUCAGUGGAAAAAAGGUGUGUGCUGGUAGCCGUCAUGGUAGCUCAUCAUGGGAACGGGUCGUGACAGGGUGCAUGAAAAUCUCCGUUCAAUGAAGGCCAGAGGUCUUCUUGAGGGAAAUGUUGUAGUUCAAGCACAAGCCGUUGCUGAACCUGGUGCAGGAGUCCUGGGGUGAAACGUUCAGGUCCGGGUCACGUCGGAGGUCAGACGAAAUGAUUGUUACGGCCCUUUGUGGCCUUAAAAUGUGUGACUCUUAGUAUUUGCAAUGCACAGACCUGUCCCUUGGUCCUCAGCAGCCCCACAGAAAGGGGAAUCGAACCAAUUCAGAUCCUGCAUGCAGUGGUGUGUUUUUUUUCCCCCGACAACACAUGCUAGGAGCAUUGAACAACACACUAGUCCUUAUUUCCCCCUGUAUGAAUCCAGGUCAAUGGGCUUAGGUGUGCUGAUAACCCGGAGCAAAACUUUGUUUUUUAAAAAUUUAAAAGAAAAUGUUGAGAAAAAAAAAUUAUCUUGUCAAAUGUAUCAUAUUUGUACGAAGAGCUGCUUGGGGGUUUUUGUACAAUGAAUUUACAUUUAUUUAUGGUGAGGUAUAUUUAUGCUCGUGGUCAAAUCUGGUGUUAAAUUUUUUAAUCAUAUUUGCUAUGCAGCUUAAGAUGAUAUUUUGGUUUUGUAUUUUUUUCUUUUGAUUGUUCCGACUUCGGGCUAACAGAAGCUUCAAUCUCCAUUAAGGCGCUUCUGUAACGAUCAAGCAUCUGGUACGUGGUGAUAUGUCCUGUAAUACAGCAACCACCAGUGUGCACAAGCAAACCUGGGAUGAAUUCUGUGAUGAUGAAAAAUAAAGAGUUGGGCUCACCGAGGAAGUGGGCGGAUCUGUC